UUCACGUUUAUUUCCACAAAACCUGUACGAAACACUUUAAUUGGACAGGAAGUAAAACAGGAAGAAAUGUGCUGACUCGACAUUAAACACACAACAAAAGAACCACCACCUAUGUACAGAUUUCUGAUAUCUCAUUAAUCACAUGCUCUCUCUCUCUCUCGCUCUCUCGCUCUCUCUCUCUCGCUCUCUCGCUCUCUCUCUCUCAGACCCCAGGACCACCAAACCAAAGGGGAUCAAAUCUGAGCCUCGCACCCCGGGAUACGACGCUCCCAGUGCCAAGAAGGUGAAGGUGGAGAAGGAGGUGAAGAUGGAGAAGAUGGAGAAAGCUGUGAAGACUGAGAGCGUUCACAGUAACGGGAAAACACAAAACAAACCAACGGCUCAAAUCCUGAAGCCCAGGAACGAUAAGACUCUGCUGGACAUCUUCAGCGGCGUGAAGCUCUUCCUGCCCUCCUCGGUGCAGGACUUCGAGAAACUGAGGCGAUACUUCGUGGCGUACGACGGAGACCUGGUGGCCGACUUCGAAGUCUCCAUGGCAACGCACACGCUGGGCGCCCCCGACGACAGCUCGGCUCACAAAGUGACGCCCAGCUGGAUCUGGGAGUGUAUCCGCAAGAGGCGUGUCGUCCCUGCCUGUUGAAAUAUACACAACACGUUUUUACACUGUUAACUGUUUUUUUAAGAGAAAGGGUGUGGACACUAAGGCUUUAAUUACUCACACCGCUAUCAGGUCGUUUUAUUUAUUCUUUCCAAGCAGAGAAUACAUUAGGUUUGGGCUUUUUAGUUGUAUCAUUCAUUUUGAAUACUGGGGAUAGAUGGUUGUUGUUAGGGGUUACUGACGACAGUGUGUGAGAGCGAGUGUCCUGUAGAAGUAGUUUUUGUAAGAACACAAAUAAAUGACGUUGAAGCAGCUACACAUGAAAUGCAUUUUACAAACAUCAUGAUACAAACCUCGGUAAAGGCCUGAGAAUGAAUACGCAGCAGAAAAAAGAUGGGGUCUUAUCAGCGUCGUGCAUUAUUUUUACCGCCUGAGUGGAACAUUUUGCGAGCGAUUAAACCCCGGCUCAAGAACUGAGAAAAAAAUGAUUUGUCUGCCGAAAGGAAUAAACAAAAUGCUGAUAAAUAAAAUGUCU